AUGGCUCUGCGGAAAUCAAGGUCACUGACGUUCAUGCGGAACCCACUAUCUGCGUUCAGCUUGUUCAACAUGCUCACCAUGACCUUGGUGCUUAUGAACAUAGUUGCUGUGGCUUUCAAGCUCAUAACUUCCGAGAAAGAAGCACUGCAGAUUCCCAGCAAAGGGGCAGAAGAGAAACGUAAGAAGAGACGACGGCUUCGGCACAAGGUCCCCGCGGAUUUUCCUCGUGUCAUGGAUGAUGCGGAAGACGACAACCGGAAAUACUCCGUUUUGGAUGUGUUGAAGGCCACCCAGUCGACUCUGCAGCUUCUCUGGCGUAUGCUGCAGUGCAGAAUCGAGAAUUCUGUUUUCUGUGUGGCUGCAGCGUUCUAUCCAGCAGAAGCACAAGGGGCGAGGGACGAGAUGUACCAGCAGAUCAGCCAUGAUGUUCUCAGAACGAUUGCAGGCCUCAAAUUUCGAAUCACUCAACGAUUCGACGAAUCACCGUUCAACCUCGUAGACCUCACCCAAGACACACCCGAGCCAGUCGCCCGCAAAAAAUUGGAUGCUUUCUUGGGGCAGGAGAAAUGCUGCCUGGAUGCGGGUUGGUCACGGCCUGUGCAGGCUGACGUGCUGAAGGAACAGCAUGACCAACUGGGCCUGCUGCUCGACCACAUCGACCAGUUUAGAAAGAAUGGCCGUUCAGUCACCGUGCGAGAGGAAGCUCUUCAUGCCCAGCAAAGACGGAUUGCAAGUGGUUACCAUGCACGACCGAAAAAGUUUCAGCGGCAGGCUGCUGAAUCUGUCGUUGCAGCUGCGGCUGAAAACUUCAUUGCGCGUGGAGGCCGUGCAAACUUGCAGGCAGCCCCCCCCAAAGUUGUCGAAGGAGUUCGCAAGGUUAGAAAAAACACUCUGAAGCACAGCCGCCCGAGUCAGAUGGGCAAUCCCAUGCUUUCCUUUGUGUCCACCAAGAUGCGAGCCAACCCAGGCACUAGCAAAGAGCAUUGGGUAGGGCAGUGGCGCAAUUUGGCUCCGAAUGCCAAAACAUCUUGGGUGUUGAGGCACAAGACACAAGUUCGACAGCGGAGGGCAGUGGACAAAGUCCGUGCUGACACACGGGCCAAGGAUGCAGAGUCCGUGUCAAGCCCAUGGGGUAUGGGCGAUGCAGAUUACCCAUUGCGGGGAAGCUUCGUCUCUGAGCUGUUGAACAUGUUCCAAACUCGUGACAGUGCUGAGGCAGCCAUCAAGGAUCUUGACUUUCCCGGGGCUGCUGAGUUUCUGGAGACCAUGCGAGCGAAGAAACAUCACAGCCAAGAUGUUGCCUACUGGUACUGUAGCCAGCUGAUGGGCAGCAAGAUAGACGAGAAGGAUGCAGAUGUUGGGACCUGGCACGCUGUGCAGCAAGCUGAGCCAGCAAGUGCAUCAUGCAGGGAGUUACACCCUGGAUUGUGUGCCACUGCCGAUGCUGACAUCCUGGCUGAACUGCCUGCCUUCAUGAAGCAGAUCCCAAAGGAAGACUGUGUCCUCAAAUUUCAGCGUACAGGAUGUGCCAACAACGAGAAGUUCACGGUCUUUGUGCGUGCAGUGCUAGGACCGGAGUGCAUAGCCAUGGGACGAAGAACAAAGACACCUUUGCGCAUGUUCUUUGCACAGCUGGAGCUGGCCAACAGAGAUCCCAGCCCUGAGUGUUACAUGGUGCAAUAUGGCCCGCAUGCGUACAAGUCCUCCCGCGUGCCGAAGUACCCCUUCGAGCUCAACCUAGCAUUGUCACCUGGAGUUGCCGCAAAACAGGGUGGCAUGUGGAAUCAAUUUGAGUUUGCAAAACUGAUGCUGCGAAGUGCCAAAGCCUGGCAAGUGUGCAAGCUAGAGUGCCAGCAGGCCAGUGUGUCUCGACACGUCGUCAAAGGCAUUGUGACCCAGGCGACAGUCAACAUUUCGGGUGAUGCUGCCGCUCCGGAAGCAAGUCGAGCAAGUGGCAGUGCAUCCAGUGCAUCAAGGGCAAAUGCCCCUGAGGACUGGAGUUUCUUCGACGACCCUUUCUUGAAGCACAUGCAGUCCAAGGCCGGUGUCACAGAGGUGGUGGCGCAAGUCAAGGGACAAGUCGGUGUCCAAAAUGUGGUGGAAGAAGUCACGGGACAAGUGGAGCUCCAGAAUGAUCUAGAUGGUUACGAGUCAGAACUUUCAAUCUAUGAGGAUGGUGCCGACUCCGACGAUGAGUUAGCAGAAGUGGUCGCGGGCAUUGGGCAACAGGUUCGUGCACGUGAUGCAGAACGACCAUCCAGUUCAGAUGCUCCUGCAGCAGAAACCGGUCGUGCUGAUCCAACAGAUGCCGCAGUUCGAGCUCCCAAGACCACUUCGACGGAUUUUGACAUGGUGUCCCGAGCUUUGCAUCCCAGGAUCUUGCCUUCAGCAUAUCGCAUCUACCACCAGAAGUAUGCCAACACAUAUGCCUUGUUCCAGAACAGCAAGCAAGUCAAGGGCACUGUCAAGCAUAUCAACCGUGAAGGUGGGCAUCAAGGCUCUUUGGAUGCAUUUCUUCGCAUUGUAGAUGAUUGA